CUAGUACCCCUAUAUAAAUUUAUGUUAUCGCCCACUUGGGUGCUGCCUGUUUUCCCUGCAUCACAGCUCUCUUCUCUGUCUUCCUGUCUGAUCCUUUCAACAGACUUUAGACUUGUCUUCCUCCGCGCCCUCUCUCUCUCUCUCUCUCUCUCUCUCUAUAGGUCUUCAGCUUCUGCUUCGUUUUUCGUGUCAUUGUUGAUGAACAACCUGACAAACAAAACCCAUUCUUUUCUGAUAAUAAUUUGACUUAGAGAUUCUUCAUUUCAUUUACACACGGAGAUGGUGUUAAUGUUGUGACUUGUGAACCUGACUGGUGGGCUUUUUCAGCGGAUGAUGAUGAGGUCUGCCUGUUGCUCCUUUUCGUUUUCUUGGUUUUUGUUUUGUUUGAUGGGUACCAGAGAGUGAGCCCAGAUUGUGUCCCUUUGAGCAAUGGCAAGAAGCCAGCCAUGAGAGCCAUAUCCAAAGAAGAUGGGUUGACAGAGACUCUCACAACCAGCACAGUUUCAACUUUAGAACCCACAAAACCAUUCAGAUUCCGAUCCCAACCCACAACCCAAGACCCGACCCAAUCCCAAUUCGGAGCCCGACCCACUUCACCCAACUCCGACAACCACCACCGGAGCCCGACCCAGCGGCAGGACAAGAGCCCCAGCCGUACCCCAAGCCCCAGCCGCGGCGCCGGCGAUGUGUUGUUGCAGUGGGGCCACAAGAAGCGGUCGAGAGUCUCGAGAACUGAGAUCCGAGCAGUGACCGAUGAGUCUUCUUCCUCAGCUCAAGCAAGGCAAGCUGGUGUGAAGCUGCAGAGGAGAGACAAGUCUAUGCCGCCGCCGCCUCCUCCUCCACCCCUUUCUUCCUCCGCAACGUCGUCGUUUUCCAAUGGCAGACUUAGAAAGGAAGCGUCCGCGUUGCUUCCUAGCAGGAAUUUAGAAGAUCGAUCUGCUGUGGUUAAUGGGUCCCCAUCAAGAAACCCAAAUGGCGGCAGCAACAGCCGAGCUGUUUCUAGAUCUACGGCUGGGAAAAGAUCUCCUCCUCCUGAGAAAAAUGACAGAAAGCUGCCUCCUUGCUCAGGCAGGUCAUCAGCCAAAGAUGACAAGUCAAAUGGACCCUCUGUGCAAGUUGAUCGUCAGCACCAUGCUGAUUCUGCUUCAUUGCAAUCGGACCAAUUAGCUGCCACUGCUAAUUGUGCUGCACCAGUUGCAGCAGCAGAUAAGGUCAACUAUGAAGUGGUUGAGUGGCCUAGAAUUUAUAUUGCCCUGUCAAGAAAAGAGAAGGAAGAUGAUUUCCUUGCAAUGAAAGGCACAAAGCUCCCCCAGAGACCCAAGAAAAGGGCCAAAAACAUUGACAGAACCCUCCAGUAUUGUUUUCCAGGGAUGUGGCUGUCUGACUUGACAAGGAAUCGCUAUGAGGUCAGGGAGAAGAAAUGUGUGAAGAAGCAAAAGCGAAGGGGGCUCAAGGGAAUGGAGAGCGUGGACAGCGAUUCCGAGUAGUACUAGUAUUUUAUUCCCCCACAAUGUAAAACUUAUUAAAAAAAAAUGAUAAAAACAAAAAAAAAUUUGAGAGAGUGAGAGAGAGAGAGCCCUCUCCAUCCAAAGUCAGUGGGACCCUUUUGAUAGUCCACCUGCCCUUGCUUUGUAGGACACACCAUGUCUUUGCUGUCGUUUUGCAGAUCACGAUCUGUCGUUUUGAUGAGCAGAGACAAAGCAGCUGAGAUGUUGUUGUUCUUGGGCUCAAGGGUGGUGGUGGGGGUUUUGUUUUUGAAUUUGAGGCAUUUUGUUGGGUCACGGACUGAGAGGUGUACAGUACAGACGACUUUAAAGAGCCUCAUGACUUGGUCUGUGGACCCCCAACUCUGCUUGCCUUUGAUAAAUUAUAACUAGAAUUUUCUUUUCUUUUCAAUGUUGUUGUUUUUUCAUUAAUUAAUUUUAAAUUUGUUGGGUUUC